AUGAGGUCAUCCCUAGCAAUGGCGGUCCUUGUCUUUUUAGCGACCACCACCACCGUCGUCGUCGGCGACGUCGCCAUGAACUGCACGCGGUCCGGUGAAUGGAGCGGCGUCGAUCCGGCGACGGCGACGGGGCUGAAAGAGGCACUCGUCGAUGAUUUGAUCGCACGAACGCCCAAGGACACGAACAACGUGUACUACUGCAACUUCGACACGUGGCGCGGAUUGACGAUGUGGGGAUACGCCGAGUGUGCUGACGCGUCCAGAUGUCCGACGUGUCUGUCCAACGUGGGCUCCGGCCUGAAGGAACUUCCGUGCGCCAACGGCGAAGGUACUGCUAGGGAUUCCGACGACGUUUGUUACGCCAAGGUUGGAUUCUCCCAGUCUAGCGUCUGUCCUAGAGUCCGAAGCUGA